GAAUGAACCGUGGGCCCCACUAGUCCAAGUCGAAAUAAACACCGCGCACUUGAUACACGGCAGGCAGAGAGAGAGAGAGAGAGAGAGAGAGAGGAUGUUGAGACGGGGCAGCAGCCAUGGAAGUAGCGUCAGAGCAAACAUCAGUAGGGCAUUUUCUCACUACCAAAACAUCCAAGCUGUCCCGCGGGAGCACACAGGGAACAAGCUGGCCGCAAAAGAGAGAGCCCUAGGGAGAAUCCCAGCCGUUGUUUUCAGCCAGGGAGAGAUCCAAAACCCCACCAACGGCUUCCGACCCGUCUCCAGGAAGCAGCUGCUGACCACCGAGAGGAAGCAGAUCAGCUCCAUCAUCAAGAACGUGCAGCUACCGUUCUUCUGCUCCACCACCUUCAAUCUCCAGAUCCGUGCGGGCCCUGCUUCCUCAUGCCUGCUCGAGUCCGGAAGGGUCCUGCCCAUUAAGGUUCAUAGGAAUCCGGAGACGGGCCAAAUUCUGAACUUGGUGUUUGUUUGGGUGGACGACGAUUCGGAAUUGAAGGUCGACGUGCCUGUUGUUUUCAAAGGGGAGGAUAUCUGUCCUGGUCUGAAGAAAGGUGGCUACCUAAACAUGAUAAGAACAACUCUAAAAUACCAAUGCCCUGCAGAGCACAUUCCCCAGAAAAUCGAGGUGGACUUGAGCAAUCUCGAUAUCGAAGAUAGAGUUUGCAUGCAUGACAUCGAGGUUCAUCCAUCUUUGAAGCUCUUGAGUAAGAACGACAACAUGCCCAUAUGUAAGAUCAUGGCAACACAAUCAGCAGUCCCGGAACCUACAAGCGUCUAGAGCACAUACAGGAGUGUGAAAUUUUCUUUUAGAGCAUGAGAAAUUUUUGGUUU